AAAAUUUUCAUAAGUAUUUAAUAUGAAGAAUAAAAAGCAAGAAACACUUUUCCAGAGAAUUGAUAUUAUUCAACAGAUAUCUCCAUUUCAACAUUUUAUUCUUGCUUUAAUGUUUCGUUUAAUGUUGCUGUUUUAUGGAGAAUGGCAAGAUCAAUAUUUUGAAGUUAAAUUUACAGAUGUUGAUUAUCAUGUUUUCACCGAUGGUGCAUCAUUUGUUGUAAAUGGAAGUUCUCCAUUUAAAAGACACACUUAUCGUUAUACACCAUUUCUAGCCUAUUUAUUAACACCUAAUAUUUACUUACAUCAAUUAUGGGGGAAAAUAUUGUUUUCAGUUUUUGAUGUUAAUACUGGUUAUCUGAUCUACAAAAUUUCAAAAAAAAGAUUGAAUGACUUAUCAUCACUCUGCUGUGCUUUGCUGUGGCUUUAUAAUCCAUUGCCUGCAGUGGUAUCAACUCGUGGAAAUGCUGAAUCUAUUAUGUCUUGUCUCAUACUUUUAACAAUACAACUUUUACAUAAUAACAAAAUAUUCUAUGCUGGCUUAGUAUACGGAUUUUCUGUGCAUUUCAAACUCUACCCAAUUAUAUAUGCUCUCUCUAUAUAUUUAAGAUUGAGUGAAAAAUCAAAUAAAUCCAAUAUGAAAAAGAUUUUAUAUUUGGUACCAAACAAAAAGCAUUUUUCAUUUGCAAGUGCUGCUGCUAUUACAUUUAUAUUGCCUACUUUUCUUGCUUUUAAAAUGUACAAAAUGGAGUACAUUGAUGCUGCUUUUCUUUAUCAUUUGACUCGUAAAGAUAUAAGACAUAAUUUUUCUCCAUUUUUUUAUCUUUUAUAUUUGUUAGAUGACGAAAAUCAUAAAUGGCUAUCCUUUCUUACAUUCCUACCUCAAAUGGUUUUAUUAAUAGGUAUAUCGAUUAGUUUUAACAGUGAAAAGGAUUUAUCAUUUUGUAUUUUUAUACAGACAGUCGUAUUUGUUUCUUUAAAUAAAGUUUGCACAUCUCAGUAUUUUUUAUGGUANGAUGCCCGCCAUUGUUAUUGA